UCCUCCUCUUUUCUUUCUGCUGCCUCCCCAGCGCUGCAGGUUGAAUCUAUUGCCCCUAUUUCCUGUCACAUGGGUUGGAAACAGGAUCCCUGCUUUUCUACUAUCUCGUCCCGUCUUUGUGGUGUCAGUGUUGUAGUAGCUAUAGGACCUGCCUUGAAGUUCAGGGACUUUUAACGCGAGCCAGAGAGCGACUCCUGCACAGACCCGGACAGUCAGUCAGCCAGUCAGCCAGUCAGUCAGUCAGUCAGUCCGCCAACCCGCCGGUCUGCGCAUCCGUCCGUCAGCCUGCACUUCACCUGAGAGCCAGUUCACACUCUUUAACCACACCAUGGAUUCCUGGACAGUGACCUCUGCUCUUCUUCUCGCUGGCUUUAUUUCCUCCGCAGCUUUUAAUCAUUUCGACACCGAGUGUUACACUGCCAACGGAGAGGAUUACAGGGGCUUCCAGAACCAGACCAGUCUGCAUGGUGGUAAACCCUGCCUCUUCUGGAAUGAGACCUUCCAGCACCCUUACAACACCCUCAAAUACCCCAACGGAGAGGGCGGUUUGGGCAGCCACAACUACUGCAGGAAUCCCGAUGGGGACGUUCAGCCGUGGUGCUACAUUGCUGAUCAUGAAGACGGCAUCUACUGGAGAUACUGUGACAUCCCGUCAUGCCAGAUGCCUGGGAACCUGGGCUGCUUCAAAGACAGCGGUGACCCACCCACGCUGUCGGGCACCAGUGAGACGUCCAACAAACUCACCAUCCAAAACUGCAUCAGCUUCUGUAGGAAGCAGAGAUACAAGCUUGCCGGUAUGGAGUCAGGAUAUGCCUGUUUCUGUGGCAACGAAGUGGACCUGCAUGACCACGGCGAAUCGCCCAGUAUGGAGUGUAACCACGUUUGCUUCGGCGACCACACCCAGCCCUGCGGCGGAGACGGCUGGGUCAUCAUCUUCGACACCCGGGUAGGGGCCUGCGGUGGGAACUACACCGAUCCAUCAGGAGUAAUCUACUCCCCUGACUUCCCUGACAAGUACGGGGCUGGCCGCGUGUGCUACUGGACCAUCCAGGUCCCUGGAUCCUCCGCCAUCCUCUUCAACUUCACCUUCUUUGACAUUUCCGAUCAGACAGACAUGGUGGAGCUUCUGGACGGCUACACCAACCAGGUGGUGGCACGCUUUGACUGGCGCAGCCCGCCACGGGAGCUGGUGAACAUCACAGGCGACUUUGUCAUACUCUACUUCUACUCAGACCGUACCAACCAGGCCCAGGGAUUCGCACUGCUUUACCAAGCACUAAGAAGCCAAGACACCAGAACGACAGAUGCUGAACGAGAUGAUGAGGAUGAAGGAGAGGAAGUCUCCAGCACGGCGGGGCCUCAGCUGGCUGGCGGCGUCACUGAGAGAGCCAACAGCACCUCCAAUGGACGUUCCUCCCAGAUCCUUUACGUGAUCACGUCCAGCCCCGGUAAACCGGAGCACAACAUGCCAGGUCAGUGGGCUGGACGCGGCGAGACCACCGGCCACAGCGCUAUGUGGACCAUCUACGCUCUGGCUGCUCUCCUCAUACUGACUGUCAUAGCCAUGGUAGCGAAGCUGCUGCUGCAUAUCACAGUCAAGUCCCCUAACCUCCCGACAGUCAGCGGUUCAGACAGCUGCAGCCAGAGCACAGCGUCCUCCGAGCCCUGGAUCAUCCUGUACCGGCCCUCCACCAUCUCACUCUUCAAGAAGAAGCUAAAGAACCACCACGGCGACCUCAGCCCCCUGGUGGGCAACUAGUUCCACUGCUACGCUCCAACCGUUAACCAAACGCUACCGCCACUCACAACUAUUCUGUACAAAGGCCAUCAGAUGCCAGGCCCUCAGACAAUGAAACUCUAUGAGGCGCUACGCUAACAAGCCAACAACUGAGUGGCUAAUGACAACUGACUGAGUGACUGCUACUAAAUGGCCCGUGGGCUGAAGUGGUUGGGCCCUCCCAUCCUGCUUAGCACCAAAGAGGAGGGGGACAGGCAGGGCUGUCAGUGACCGCAGUGUGGGAGAGGAGGGCAGAGGACUGGAUGGAAGAAAAUCUGCAGCUCUGACAAAGAUACAAGGACGCAUUUAACAUGCGGGAGGCUUCUCCGGUUCAGAGAGGCUCCAUUUCAAUCACCCACGGAUGUCCCUAACAAUCAACAUACCUCCAAAAACCCUUCCCGACUGCAGGCUCACCAGUAAAAACACAGCACAGCUGGUGCAGAACAACGGCUAACUUCACUGUCUGUGUUCAGUGUAGGAAACAGGAAGGUUUACUUCUUCCUGCUGCUUCAGAGUCACAGUGGCAAUCGAAUCGUCAUCAGUAUCAAGGAGAGGAUGAAGAAAUGGAGUCUUUGGUACACAUACACACAUGCUGUAACACUUAACAGCUUAACUGUUUUAUAUAACUCUUCUAACUGCCUCAUACAGACGAUGAACACUUGCAGCCAAAAACCAGAAUCCACCCAUACAAAAAGUUGUGUAUUUAUUUGUCUUCUUGAUUCUGUAUGCAAAGUGCUAAUGUUUCUUUUUGAUGUGUUGUACGUGAAAACUAGCUUUCUGAGGAAAGGGAAUCGGGACAUGGAGAUGUCACACGGAAGAUAGAUAUCACACCACUUUGGGGAUGAAUCACUCACCGUAAAAUGGAAAGAUCAGAGAGAAAGAGAGCAUGCUCGCCCACUCAUUCUCUCGGCGCUCGUGUGGAUUUGGGUGGAGAGGAGAAGUGGGGUGGGGGGAGCAGGGUGGUGAGGCAGCUUGCAGACAAACUGCCAUUUAGGGAGGCUUGGGAAGAUCUGAGGGCUUUUUCUGCUCGGUUGUGGGUGGGAGUCUUUCCGGUUUGAUGGUGUUCAAGUGCCUUAAGGAUCUCCUCUUCCCUUGUCUCAGAUUCCUCACAUCUGUUUCUUUCACAAAGCAGACUGGGGUCCUUCACAAGAGUCUGCACUUCUUCAAAAUCAGCGCGGAUGUGAAGAGUUUCAUUCCAAAAUAGGAUCUUCACCACUUAAAUGUAAAGUAAAAAAAUGAUGCCACAUCUUGUACAGUGAUUGAAAGCGUUAAAUCUUAGUCUUUUUGACCAUAGUACACUCAACUGAACACCUCUCCAGACUGGAUCUUUUAUGUUUUUGAUGAUUGAUGACGAUUUGUUUUUUUGUUGUUGGUUUUGUUUUUCCAAAAUGAACAUAGAGUCUUUUGGAAUAGAACUCUUCAUGUAGUAACAGACAAGGCUUUAAAAGAAAGUGUUUGUUUCUAAUUUCUGUCUAUGCUCUUACGUGUAGUCGUGGACAUUUACUGAACAUAUUGUUCACAUUAAGUUGUCUUUUGAUUACGGGGGGGGUGAAUAUUGUUGUACAUUACAUUAUGUAAUUCAGUGUGGGAAUGAUGAUAUUUAUGUCCGCUCUUUCAUUUUGUGUCUAGGCAAAGCAUUUGAGAGACCCGUCAAAGUACUUUUUGUACUCGCUCAGCAACUUAGCUCAAAAGUGGAAUGCAUUUCUUCUCUCCUUAGACGACAGUAAAUUGCUAAAAUCACAAGACACGGUAGAUCCCAAAGCUUUUAUGUGUCACCUUGAUUUCAGGCCAAAAGGUUGAGCGCAAAUAAUACACGCAGACAGAAAUAUAACCAAAAGCACUCGUUGGUACUUUGCACAAACUGGCAGCAGGUUUGCAGCUGUGACGGUUUCUGUGCAUUGUGACAUUUAAACUACUUGUGAAAGGUCAAAGUCUACUAGUCUGCCACUGGCAUAGCAAUUGACCUUUCCUGCUGUGGGACUGGAUGUUAGCGUUGGCUUCUGCAGAUGGUCACCCCAAAAAUCUUCUAAUUGCAGUCAGGAUAAACACAAAACGUCAAUGCACUUAAAUUUGCUUCUGCUUACUAGAGGAAACAAUACUUAUUCACUUUUGCAUUUGGUUUGAGCAGCAACCUGAGCACUUGAGAGAAAAGGUUAUAUUUCACACACAGUACAGCAUCAUAGUGACAUUCAAGUCAAAAGAUUUAUAACAGUCGAGAAUCAGACAGGAUUUGAAACCCCAUAAAAAGAUGAAGAACCUUUCUUUCCCAGUCAGAAGUUUGUAGAAAUGGGACCAUGCUAUAUUCUGCCUGUCUGCUCAACUGUAACUCAUGUUAAUUAUUGCAAGGCAAGAGCACAUGCCCCUGGGUCUGUGAUGUUCAGAGCAGACCAUGCGUAGAGAGAGCGAGAAAAGAGAGCAUAGAUGUGAGAGCGAUGGGAAAUUAAUGUGCGUUCAAAUCAAACACAAGCUAACGAAAUCUGACAGUUAAAAUCUAACAAGGGCAUAUUUGUUUAGAUAGCCUGGUGAAUUAUGCAAACUCACAUUUUCUGUCCCAUCCUCCAGUCAAUUGGAAAAUUCCACGCUAUCUUCUGAGUGGUGGAAAUGGUCUUUUCCCAAACUGUAGUCGACGUGAAUGUCCUGUAGUGCUCGAUGACGUGAAAACAUUCACAAGAAGCCCUGUGGGAAAUGAUCAGGAAGGGCCAAAACAUUGUUUUCAUGAAAUUGUAAAUAGCAAAAUAGUGAAAUUUUUAAUUUAUACAGUAAAUUAUUGUUAUUUUGUAUGUGAAUGGGAUAUAAUCUAUCUUUUGUAUAAGUGAAGUACCUUUGUAGUUUUAUUUAAUGUGUCCUGGUUGCAAAAUAAACACUGUAUGCAUGUUUCUUAAGCCUA